AUGAACAAGUUCGCUUCUCUGGCCGUCAUCUUCUGCGCCUGCAUCGUGGGCAGCUGCUAUGCCAACUACGGUGGCCAGCAGAGCUACGGACAGCGAUCCUACGGCCAGGAGGGCUCCGCCGCCUCCGCCGCCAGCUCGGCAGCUGCUGCUGGAGCCGAGGGUCAGCAGCGUUAUGAGCGCCCCGUGGAGAUCAUUGCCGGUGGACCCCGCGGCAGCUAUGCCCCCGAGAUCCUGCGCCCCAUCCAGGUCAGCGGAGGUUAUGGCGGUGAGCGACGUGGCUACAACGGUGGCAACUACCGUCGUGGCGGCUAUGGACCCCGUUGGACUGUCCAGCCCGCCGGAGCCACCCUCCUGUACCCCGGCCAGAACAACUACAGGGCCUACGUCUCGCCCCCGGAGUACAGCAAGGUGAUCCUGCCCAUCCGCCCCGCUGCUCCAGUGGCCAAGCUCUUCGUGCCCGAGCACCAGUAUGGCAACCAGUAUGGCAACCAGUAUGGCAACCAGUAUGGCAACCAGUACGUCAGCCAGUACUCUGCACCCCGCAGCAGCGGCUACUAG